AUGGGUGUGGUGGUGGUGAUGGCAGUGGUGAUGAUGGUGGUGUUGAUGAGGAUGUUGGUGAUGAUAAUGAUGGUGGUGACUAUAGUGGUGGUACCAGAUGAUGAUGGUGGUGUUGAUGAUGGUGGUGUUGAUGAUGGUGAUGAUGGUGGUGGUGAUGAUGGUGGUGAUGGUGAUGGUGAUGAUGGUGGUGAUGGUGGUGGUGGUGUUGAUGGUGGUGGUGAUGAUGGUGGUGUUGAUGGUGGUGGUGUUGAUGAUGGUGGUGGUGUUGAUGAUGGUGGUGUUGAUGAUGGUGGUGGUGUUGAUGAUGGUGGUGUUGAUAGUGGUGGUGUUGAUGAUGGUGGUGAUGAUGAUGAGGAUGUUGCCGUUGAUGAUAAUAAUGGUGGUGUUGAUAAUGAUGUUGGUGGUGAUGAAGGUGGUGUUGAUGGUGGUGAUGGUGGUGGUGAUGAUGGUGGUGGUGAUGGUGGUGGUGAUGAAGGUGGUGUUGAUGGUGGUGAUGGUGGUGGUGGUGAUGGUGGUGGUGAUGGUGGUGGUGAUGAUGGUGGUGUUGAUGGUGGUGGUGAUGAUGGUGGUGUUGAUGGUGGUGGUGUUGAUGAUGGUGGUGGUGUUGAUGAUGGUGGUGUUGAUAGUGGUGGUGUUGACCGAAGUAAUAAAACUGUUCAUUUGCUUUGCAAAUUUAAGAAAUAUUAUAUGAACAUAUAA